AUGACGUUACAUGCUUGCCUACCGAAUAACCCAACUCCUUCAUCGUCUUCAACACCACUCUGUGAGAACCGGGAUCAUCGGCGUUCAACAAGCUUCACCGUCCGCUAUUCACAAACACAAAUACUUCCUCCACCGAAAUCGCUGUUCUUCGUCGCUCAACAUUCAACUUCUUUCCGCCGUACAUCCUCAAACCAGUUUCAAACCGCAACUGUAAACACCAGAUCACCGUUCCCUCCGUCGAUUCGCAGCGGCUCAACACCAUCGUCCUCAUCGCAACGGCCGCGACUCGCCUUUGUCAAGCUGCGCAUCGCCUCUCAUCACGUUCUCCCUUCCGCUCUUCCAUCGUUCCUCAUCACUCUCCAUCAACAAAUCUCUUUCAUCUCCACCGACUCAGCCACUAUCCACCACCACGCGCAAAACUACAGACGCAACAUCACCUUACCAGCUACAACCGAUCGCGUCCCCAUCAUUCCCAGAUCCGGCCAUCAUGCCAAUUCCACCGUCGUCAGUCUCCAUCGGUUUCUCCCUCUGUCCUCGUUUCAGUUGUUACAUGCUUGCCUACCGAAUAACCCAACUCCUUCAUCGUCUUCAACACCACUCUGUGAGAACCGGGAUCAUCGGCGUUCAACAAGCUUCACCGUCCGCUAUUCACAAACACAAAUACUUCCUCCACCAAAAUCGCUGUUCUUCGUCGCUCAACAUUCAACUUCUUUCCGCCGUACAUCCUCAAACCAGUUUCAAACCGCAACUGUAAACACCAGAUCACCGUUCCCUCCGUCGAUUCGCAGCGGCUCAACACCAUCGUCCUCAUCGCAACGGCCGCGGCUCGCCUUUGUCAAGCUGCACAUCGCCUCUCAUCACGUUCUCCCUUCCGCUCUUCCAUCGUUCCUCAUCACUCUCCAUCAACAAAUCUCUUUCAUCUCCACCGACUCAGCCACUAUCCACCACCACGCGCAAAACUACAGACGCAACAUCACCUUACCAGCUACAACCGAUCGCGUCCCCAUCAUUCCCAGAUCCGGCCAUCAUGCCAAUUCCACCGUCGUCAGUCUCCAUCGGUUUCUCCCUCUGUCCUCGUUUCAGUUGAUGUUUGGAGAUGUUAAAGUUGAGCAAUAA